CUGAUGCAGAAAUAAUUAAAGAAUGCUUGACUGAAGUGAUGGGUGCCAUGUUUGAAGGCAACGAAAAGGAGGAAAUGACAGCUAAAAUAAAUCAAAUCCCACUCUCUGAUGCCACAGCUACCAGACGUACUGAAAUUCUGGCUGGUGAUUUGUCCAAGCUGCUUUGUGAUGGAAUAAAAAAUGCAGAGUGCAUAUCCCUAGCAGUGGAUGAGUCCACUGACACCACUGACAAUGCUCAGUUGUUGGUGUUUGUGAGGUAUUAUGAUGAGGAAAAGGGGGAGUUUAUUGAAGAUGUUUUGAGCCUGGCAAACCUCAUUGGACAAACAAGGGGAUAAGACAUCUAUAAAGCAAUAUCAGAAAUGCUGAAUGAAAAAGGGAUAGAUCUGAAGAAAGUUGUGUCCAUUGCUACUGAUGGAGCUCCAGCCAUGUUGGGGAGAGAGAAGGGACUGGUUCCGCGUCUGAGAGACCACCACCCUGGCCUGAUAUCUUAUCACUGCAUAAUCCACCUGUCUGUCCUUUGUGCAAGUCUUGGAGAAGUGUACUCUGAAAUCAUGACAACAAUGAUGAAACUCAUAAACUUCUUGGGAGCAUCAUCUGCACUGCAGCACCGCUUGCUGCGCACAUUCCUAACAGAGGUAGAUGCUGCUUUUGAUGAUUUGCUCGUGCACAACAACGUCAGAUGGCUGAGCAAAGGCAGGGUCCUGGAGCGUUUUUGGGCCAUUAGAGAAGAGCUGCAAGUGUUUCUGUCCCAGCAAAAUAGCGCAAAAGCAAAACAGUUCCUGGAAUUUCUGCAAAAUGCUGGGAAACUGGAAGCUGGGGCAUGUUUGGCUGAUAUAACCUCCCAUCUCAAUGACCUAAAUCUCAAGCUACAGGGGAAGAAGAACACAGUGUGUGAGCUGAUGUCAGAAGUCCCUGCCUUCCAGAGGAAGCUGGAGCUUUUCAAAAGUGACAUACAGGAGGAACUGCUCCACUUCCCCAAACUUCUGGAACUGACCAAAGGAGAGGGAGAUCAUCAGUGCCAUUUGGAAUUCUUGGAAAAAAAUCAUUCCAAAUUUCAAGACUCGCUUUGAUGGCUUCAUUUUGGGAAAACAAGUCCUGCUGUUCAUUGAAAACCCAUUCCUGAUCAGAAAUGUGAGUGUGUUCUCUGCAGAAGCAAAACAAGUCUUCCCAUGGGCCAGAGCUGCUUCACUGCAGACUGAGCUCAUUGAC